UAUUAUGUUUGAUCUCUUGUUUAGUCAGCAAUGUGAAUUGGUUCAUUAAUUCAACAUGAGAGACUUAAGGAACUAUAUAACGGUCAUCAUGAGAUGAUAUGUGUGCCAUAGUGUUAUGAGUGACAAGACUGUGUGUUGCUGUAUUUUAAAAAAGAUUUCUGAGAGGAAAUAUUGACUCGCCCAAAGAUGAACUCGUGUGUCGUCGUAGAGUGAUUUCGACCUCGCCGUCCUUAUUCUGCUUUUAUCUAUUUGACGUUUAACCGGCGUGUUAAAGAACCAUUUUAAGUGUGCUGUAGCUGGUGAACCAUAAUGUCAGACCCAAAACUUCUUCCUGGUGAAGAUAAACCAGGAAAUGAUACUGCCGGACUACUGGCCAAGAACAAGAGUGGAUGCAGUGAUUGUACUAACCUAAGCAAGAAACUGAAAGUUAGUCGUGAGUGGAAUAAGUUUUACGAACUUAAGCUUGAAAACACAGAUAAAUUACUACAUAUUGUAACCGAGUAUGAGAGAGAGAAAGAGCGGAAUGUUAAUCUACAGUUGGCUUACGACCAGCGUAGUCGUGAAUAUUCCUACAUACACGAACAGAUGACCAACUUACUGCUGGAAGUUGAACCGCUCAGGGAGAAAUUGCGUAAGGCAGAGAAAUGCUUGGAAGAGGAAAUGUGCAAUAAAGAGAAAGCAGAGAGCCAGGAACAUGUUUUUCGCUUCACCAUAGAACAACAGAAACAUCAGAUUAUGUCUAUGAAAGAGAAGGUGGACACCAACCUCUUAGAUCUCCUUGAGAAGAGGUUAUCUUCAGCUCGAAGUGAAAUAAGAAGACUGAAAAUUGAUAUUAAUGCCAAAACAUGUGAAAUUGGCCAAUUAAAGGACUUCAUAAAUGACCGCAGGAAGUGCCAAGAACGCAAUUAUAAGAAGACUUUGUGGGGUUUAAAGCUGGCAAGAGAACAUGGUCGUCUUCUUCAUGAGCGAGGGUAUUUACCAGAAGGCCUGACAUCUACCAAAUGGAAACGUCUACAGGCUCUUCUGAAAGUGUGUGAAAGUUCUCUUCAUUCUCGGUACGAUGUGCUAAUCAAGAAACAGAAAAUGCUUAAGGAAACUGAUGUAUCUAUAGAUGAAAUUGCUUGGUUGCCUUCCCUAGAAAGUUGGCUUGAUAACUUUGAAGAAGCAGAGGAUGAUGAUGAUUUUGAGGACAUUGAUGAUGUUCCCCAAAUUAUACUUGCAAAAGAAGCCAAACAACUUGAUAAAUUAAUAUUAGCUACUAGGGGUGAUGAAGUAAGAAGUGGAGAAGAAGAAGAAGAGCUGCAGAAUGAUCAACACAAAAAGCACCUCACCUCUAAGGGUGUUGACUCAAGGUCACCUGCAGCAGAACAAGAUCAGCAAAAGAAUGCAGCUGUGGAAGGUUCCUUAAAGAUUAUAAAUCAAGGGAAUUCUGAAGUAAAAGCUCCUUAUCAAAAACCAAGAAAGAAAACUCAUGUUUCCAAAAUGCAAAGGAAGAGUAGAAGAGAUAAAAAGAAACUGCAGAAAGUACCAUCAAUAAUGGAUUCUUCAGAUGAUGAGGAUAAUGUUGUUGAUAGUUCUUUAAUGCAUAGUAAUCCUAAUUUAGGUAACAGAACAGCUGUAAGAGUAGAGAAGCCAAUGCUUGAGAACAAUAAUCAACUAAAUGCCACUAAUAUCAGUUCCACCAAUAAUGAAACUUCAUGCAAAAAGAAAGAAAAAUCUGCCCAUAAUCAAGCUGGAAACAAUUCAAAGAACCUUGGGCAUGAAGAAAUGUCAAUGGAAAGUAGUUUGGGUCACUACACCUCUUAUGAACAUCUGGAUAGUGGUGGUGAGGACAUCAUCAGGAAAAUCUUGAAUGACAUGAAGCCACCUGACAAGUUAGACUGCUUAGAUAGUUCAUUUAGUGUGCAAGACUUUGAAGAAUCACUGUCUUUAGGAAAGCAUGGGAAGAAUGGGACAGGAAGUAAUAUUCUUAAAACUGAAGAGAAUAUUUAUGAUGUUGAUGAUAUACUUGGCCCUAUAAGUGAUUCUGAUGAUGAUGAUGAUUUUUGUAAAGAGCCACCUAAGAAACUUUUAUCACAGUUAUCUGAAGGUUUUUCAAUUACAGGAAUUACACAGGAGAAUGGAGACAGCAUGGACAAUGAUUUAGAGCUAUCUGAUUCAGAUGAUCAUGAUGACAAAGAAAUAUUGAAGAUGAAGAAAAGUACUCGGUGGCUUCAAAGAUAUCAGUCUACUCAGAGUGUCUCUUUUGAUGAUGAUGAUAUACAAGAUAAGUCCUUUACUAAGGUCACUGCAAGUACCACAGACCUCUUAGCAAAGGAAGAAUCUCCUGGUGCAUGUAAGGAAACAGCAGUGAUAGAAACAGUAGAUGAGAGUAUAGGUAAGGAUAAAUGCUCCAGCGAAUUUGCUAAAAUUCCUUUUGAAAUGAAGUUGUCAGAUGGUUUGUGUACCCCAUCAGAUAAAGAACAGAACAAUUCAGAAUCAUAUGCUAAUUCUCAGAACAAUAAUUCUAAUAAUGAUGCUAAUAUUGCACAUGAGAAUAAUGAAGCUGUACUUAAUUACCAUAAACCCAAACUUCAAGACCUUCGGCAACUCUACAGUAUCAUAAAUGACUCAGGUGAAGAUGACUUGAUAACAGCCAACAGUGAAACACAGGUUACAACUGUAAAGAAUGCGCAGCAACUGUUUAGUUCUCCAAAUUGUGUUGAUACACCCGAGGCAGAGAAAAGUAUGCAUGAGGAUAUUUCAGUAAAAGAGGAUCAGGUAAAUGAAAGUAAGAAAGCAAACUGUGUACUUGAUAAAAUUAACAAAAUUCACUCAGCUUAUCAGAAACUACACAGUCAGAAUAGGCAGUCAGAAAAAACACAGGAUAGAAAAGCUGGAAAGAGCAGUCAUGACUCUGGUGAUUCUCAAGAAAGUACAACCUUAACUAGUAAUGAGGGUGUUGUGAGGAAUGUGUUAGAACAUCAAGAAAGCCUGACCAUGAGAGAGAUAAUGCUUCCUCAUGCACAAACUAAAGGUAGCGACAGAAAAUGCAAGAGUGAUGUUUUAGCUAAAUGUGACAGAGGAAACGUCAGAAGCAAUAGUAAAGUUGCAGACAUUGCUAGUAUAAAACAAGAAAAUAUUGAAAAUGCAAACAUUAUUGAUGAAAAACAAGGAAGUGAAAAGAAUACAAACAAUGAGAAACAUGGAAGUGUUGAAGGUGCAGACAUGGUCACUGCAGAACAAGGGAAAGACACAGUUCCUUCCUCAGAGAAUGAAGAUAUUGGAAGCCAAGAUAAAGAUAUGGGUGCUCUUAAUGAAACUCAAGGGAACAACAAAGGAAAAAACUUUUUGGUGAAAACUAUGGAUGAUGACACUGCACUUGUUGAUAGAGAGCUGGUGGCAAGCAGUCCUUCAUGUCCCACCUACCAAGAUAACAACCAGAAUAUGAAAGAGCAACAGCAGCUUCCAUCACCAUUCUCACCUUCAUCAUCCUCCAAUCAACAUCAACUUCCGAUAGCCUCCUUAUUCUCAACCUUCAAUCACCAGCAACUUUUGUCACCAUUAUCUUCAUGUUCAAAGCACCACCAGUUUUCAUCACCAUCAUCAUCCUCUCCCUCCAGUCAACAGCAGUCUUUGUCUCCAUCAUCCUCACCCUCAAAUAAAAAAUUUUGGUCACCAUUGUCAUCCUCCAAUCAAAUGUCAUUUUUGUCACCACCACCAUCGUCAUCUUCAAAGCAGAAGCAUCCUUUGUUUUCAUCAUCCACACCCUCCAAUCUUCAGCAAGAUUUGUCAUCAUCAUCAUCAUCAUCAUCAUCAUCAUCAUCAUCAUCAUCAUUAUUAUUCAUCAAUCACCUGCAACUUCUAUCUCCAUUGUUGUCAUCUUCAGAGCUACAGCAGCCUUUAUCAUCACCCUCUUCCUCCUCCUCAAAGGGUGAUCUACCAUCACUUGAAAAUCCUUUGUCUACAAGUCAGGAAAAUUGUGAGGAUGCAGAUGUGAUAGAUAGUAAAGAUAAUAUUGAUAUAUGUUAUGAAGAUAAACAUCAGACAUUGGCCUUGGGUGAAGACAGAAUGAAGACUUGUGUUCAAGUUUUAACCAGGAGUCAAGAUGCUGAAGGUAAUUGUGUGCUUGUUACCCAGGAAGAAAGUGUAACCACACAGAAGAUUAGAAACAGAAGCAGUAGUAGAAUUACUGCUUUGAAAAAGCUGAAUGCUGAUCAAAAUAAAAAACGCAAACAAAAGAGUCCUUCAAAGGUGCUGAAUCGACCACUGUUUUUGGAAGUAGCAGGCAACAAACAAAUUAUAGAUAAGAAAGAAAUAAUAAAUGGAGAAGAUAAUGUAGCGAAAGGAAUAUCAGAUGAUGUAAACAUUGGUGGCUUAUUGAUGGAGCAGCAAGUCCAAUCAGAGAAUGGCACCAGUGAUAUGAAAACAAAAGAUGAAAGCUGGCAGGUUAACAGUGGCAACACGGUGUCUGAGAAUAUUAUUGAAGGUGCAGAUUGUAGUCUUGACAUAGAACCAGCUGGAUUAUCUAAAAAUAAUACCUGUCAUGUUGUUAAUGAACAUGAUCAACCAAAUGACUCUUUUGUUCAGGCUAUGCACAGUAGAAGUGUUGAAGCUUCAUAUUCUUCAGAUCAGAAAGUUUUUACAGCUGUUGGUAGAUCUGGCAAUGCUGAAGCUGAAACAGUAAAAGCUGUUGAUAAUAUAAAUGUGAUAAUUGAAAAAGACAGAAGCACAGGUAUUGAGUAUUCAAGUCAGUUAACUGAAAGUAGUGAUGUUCACAAAAGUGAUCACAACAACGGGCAGCUCUCCAACUCAACUGUUGAAGAGCAAGAAAUUUUUUCAGCUUUGUCAACAAUGGACAGAUUAAAUCACAAAGUCUUUGUCAAGGAAUCUAUUAAGAGUAAUGAUUGUGUCAUAACUGAUAGAUUGCAGGAAGAGAAUCUGGGUUCCAAUAGUGAGAGAACAAGAUGGAAAAAUUUUAGACACAGUACAAGGAGACUUAAGAAAUUUGAGGCAGAAAAUGAUGAACCAUCCCAAACUGACAUUCAAGAACAUGGUGAACCAUCCCAAACUGACAUUCAAGAACAUGGUGAACCAUCCCUAACUGAUAUUCAAGAACACGGUGAACCAUCCCAAACUGACAUUCAAGAACAUGGUGAACCAUCCCUAACUGAUAUUCAAGAACACGGUGAACCAUCCCAAGCUAAUUUUCAAGAACAUGGUGAACCAUCCCUAACUGAUAUUCAAGAACACGGUGAACCAUCCGAAACUGACAUUCAAGAACACGGUGAACCAUCCGAAACUGACAUUCAAGAACAUGGUGAACCAUCCCUAACUGAUAUUCAAGAACACGGUGAACCAUCCCAAGCUAAUUUUCAAGAACAUGGUGAACCAUCCCUAACUGAUAUUCAAGAACAUGGUGAACCAUCCCUAACUGAUAUUCAAGAACACGGUGAACCAUCCCAAACUGACAUUCAAGAACAUGGUGAACCAUCCCUAACUGAUAUUCAAGAACACGGUGAACCAUCCCAAGCUAAUUUUCAAGAACAUGGUGAACCAUCCCUAACUGAUAUUCAAGAACAUGGUGAACCAUCCCUAACUGAUAUUCAGGAACACGGUGAACCAUCCCAAGCUAAUUUUCAAGAACAUGGUGAACCAUCCCUAACUGAUAUUCAAGAAUGCGAUGAACCAUCCCAAACUGAUAUUCAAGGACAAGAUGAACCAUCCCAAACUGAUAUUCAGGAACACGGUGAACCAUCCCUAACUGAUAUUCAAGAACGCGAUGAACCAUCCCUAACUGAUAUUCAGGAACACGGUGAGCCAUCCCUAACUGAUAUUCAGGAACACGGCGAACCAUCCCUAACUGAUAUUCAAGAACACGGUGAACCAUCCCAAACUGAUAUUCAGGAACAUGGUGAACCAUCCCAAAAUGAUAUUCAGGAAUGCAAUGAACCAUCCCAAACUGAUGUUCAGGAAUGCAAUGAACCAUCCCAAACUGAUAUUCAGGAAUGCAAUGAACAAUCCCAAACUGAUAUUCAGGAACAUGGUGAACCAUCCCAAAAUGAUAUUCAAGAAUGCGAUGAACCAUCCCAAACUGGUAAUCAGGAACAUGGUGAACCAUCCCAAACUGAUAAUCAGGAACAUGGUGAACCAUCCUUAACUGAUAUUCAAGAACACGGUGAACCAUCCCAAGCUGAUAUUCAGGAAUGCGAUGAACCAUCCCAAACUGAUAUUCAAGAAUGCGAUAAACCAUCCCAAACUGAUAUUCAAGAAUGCGAUGAACCAUCCCAAACUGAUAUUCAGGAACACGAUGAACCAUCCCAAACUGAUAUUCAAGAAUGCGAUAAACCAUCCCAAACUGAUAUUCAAGAACAAGAUGAACCAUCCCUAACUGAUAUUCAGGAACAUGGUGAACCAUCCCAAACUGAUAUUCAGGAACACGAUGAACCAUCCCAAACUGAUAUUCAGGAAUGCAAUGAACAAUCCCAAACUGAUAUUCAGGAACAUGGUGAACCAUCCCAAACUGAUAUUCAGGAACGCGAUGAACCAUCCCAAACUGAUAUUCAGGAACACGAUGAACCAUCCCAAACUGAUAUUCAAGAAGACGAUGAACCAUCCCAAACUGAUAUUCAGGAACACGAUGAACCAUCCCAAACUGAUAUUCAAGAACACGAUGAACCACCCAGUAAAAACAGUGGUGAUUGUGUUGAAGCAUCCUGUAAACUCACUCACUUCACAAAAGAGAGUGUUAGUGAAGCUGACAAAGGCAUUGAGACAAAAAGACUCCGACGAAGCAGUAUAAGAAUUGCAGCAUUGCAGAAUAAAAAAAUUGGUAUUCAAGAAGAAAUAAAUAAAAAAUUCCAAACCAGUAGAAAAAGAACAGAUAAGGAGUCUUGUAUGAAGGUUAUAGAUAAUGCAUUGACUGUUAAAGACACUUGUCCCAUGUUAAACAACGGUGAGGAAGAGGAAAAGCCAAUUCGUGCACAUGGGAAAGGUUCACUUGUUCUGUCUAUAAAAAACAUGUCAGAUCUUUUAAUAGAUAACACCAAGGAAAGAUCUCUUGAAUCAGAAUCUAAAGACCGUGGGACAAAGAUGCCUGCUCAUGCUGGCACCAGGCAGCCAAAGAAAGUGCUUUUUAAUUGGGGGCCAAAAUUGCAAUCAUUUGCUAGGAUUCCUGUACAAAACAAAACUAAAUUUUUCUUGAAGGGCAAACUGGCAUAUGUCUCAUAUCCAUCAAGAAUUCAAACCCACAAUGUGUAUACCAUUGAAAAUCGUAAUUGGACCUCAGAGAGGGAUGUAUUCAGACCAGAUGAAACUCCUGUGAACGACAUCAUUGAUAUUGCUGAGAACAAUGAGAAUGGAAGUAUGAAGAAAUGGUAUAAUACUAAGAGGAAAGCUGAUGAUACAGAUAUAGAGAAAGAAGGUAGGGUUGAAAGAACCAGGAAAAGAGAAAUUAGUGAAUCUAAAGUCAUUAAGAGAAAAUGUAAAGAAACAAAUUUUUCUGAAAAGAAUAAAAUACAACACAGAUUAAAUAAAGAGCCAACACCAGUAUUAAGAAAUAGUCCGGAGAAAAGGCUGCAAUGUUCACCAGAUGACAGAACAAAUAAGAGGAUCACCAGACAGAGAAAGAAUCCUGAGUUAUAUUCACCUAAGAGAAAGUUUUCUCACAACUUAUUAUUUGGAAGUGAAAACAGUUGCUUGGAUGACUCACCAUCAGUGAAUGAAGAACAGAACCAAAGGAACAAGAGAAGGAAAGGGAGUGAGGAAGGGGCCCCGAUGAGCCGUGUAGCAAGGAAAAUAAGAUUUCCCGAAAAGUCAGCAACUAAGGAAUCAAGUAAAAUCAUAAAUUAUCAACAGAGUGAAAGCAACAAUAAGAGGAGCAGUUCUUCAGACUUAUCUCUCAGCAGAAUGGAUAUCGGUAAAAACACAAUUGUGAGCCGAAAAAUUAGUAAUCACAAAAGUUAUAAAAAGUCCUCUGGUAGCACUCGUGUAAAUUCUAUUAAUGGCCGGGAAAUUUUAAGCCAAGCAAAGGUAAAUAAAUCUAAAGAUUAUUUUUCCACUGAAGAUUCAGAGGAUGAAAAUAAAUUUUGUAUAGAAUCUUCAGCUUCUAAUUUUUCAGAUACUCGAGAAAGUGUAAAAAGUUUUAAGAAAAAACAUAAGUCCUGUGUUGUAAUGAGUGACUCAGAUGAAUUAAAAAUUGAGUCAUCAGGUGUUCCUUCUAAGGGACAGAAAUUAAAUGCAGCACAAAAUAAAAACUUCAAGGAUAGAAGGGAACAACCUCAGCCAUCUGGUAAAGCUUCUAUUGGAAAAAAAGGACACAAGAGAGGAAGCAGCCAACUUCCAAUCAGGCAGCCAAGUUCUAGGUGUCGCCAAAGCUCAAGUGACAGUGACCCUAAAUUUGAUUUAUCUGAUAUCACUGGUGAAACAAGUAGCGAUGAGGAAAUAGCAAAAGUUGAAAAAGGUCUCGGAAAAAAUAAGACAUCAAUGAAAGUUAAUAGUUGUAAUCGUAAAAUUGGCCAUGUUUUCGUAAAAAAUGAGAGUGCAUAUAAAGUAACUUCCGGGUUAAGUGAAAUUCACAUGAGGAGCCAAAAGAAACACACAACAAUACUGCUUGAUUCUACUCCACCAAAUAAAGCAAAAUACCAAAGAAAAGGGAAUUUGACACAUUUGAGAGUUACCCCUUCAAAACCAGAGGAAGCCCGAUCAAAAACAACUGAGAAUUGUGAUUUAACUCAGACCCCAGAAGCGCCUGUUUGUACACAAGAAAAAGAAAAGAAACUUCAAAUACUACCUGAGUUUUACUCUAGUGAUAGUGAAGGUGAGCUUCAAAUAGACAAUUAUUUCGACAACCCUUGUGAUAAAGUGUUGUCUAACCAAGACAGUACAUUACAAGAGAAAGAUUAUGGCAGUAAUUCUCAGGAUACGUUCAAAACUCUUGAGGUAGAUUGUACUCGAUCUAAAGAUGAAUCAUCAAAAGUGUUACAUCCUGGUCUUGUGGGCACACUAGCAAGAAUUGGAAGUUUGGAUAGACCUAGAGUUAAACCAAGGCCAAAGCUAGCAGUGACAGCAGCAGCACCUCAGCGGGUUCAUAUACCAGCAUCUACUGGGUUUGUUGAUAAUCUCUUUGCAAGAAAGAGUAAGGAUGCUAAAUGGAAUAUUUCUAGUGGCAGUCUGUCAAAAGAUGGUAGCAAAAAUCAGAAUGUUGUGUCUUCACACCAGCCACAUACCUUAGUGAACAGUAUAUCAAAUCCUCCACCAAAAGAUAUUAAAUAUAAAGAGGGAAACCUGGAGAGUAAAGAAAAUAUUGGUCAAUCUAGAUCAAAACCAUAUUGUGAUGCUCAUAGUUUGUCACCUGGAUAUCCUGCUGCAAGUAGAUUAGAUACUACUUCAGUUAGAAAUGUUCCUCCACCACCAAAUCUCUAUGGUAGUCUAAAUGUUGCACAGUUUCAACAGUCAUACACUAAUGACAAUGUAAAGGAUCUGACAGACAGACAUUCAGCACCUGUUCACCCCCAGAAAACUCAGCCCACACAUAGAAAGUUGGAAUUUACAAAUAAUAUGUCUGAGAAGCAGAUAAUACAUGACCAUCCAGCACAUGCUAGUGCUGUAACAAUACCUGAAAUAAAAGUGUCGGUUGUGCGGCAAAAUACAGACCUCAUGCAAGCCCUUGAAACUGCACUACAACCGGGUGGAGAAGAUUGUAAUUAUUUGGAAAUACUUUAUGACUUGAUCGGUUGUAGAAUCAAUACCAAACUAUGGCAUACCCUCAUUCACGAAGUUUGCACUUCACUCACAACUGCUAGUCUUGUAUAUAUUAUAAGGAACUUCAUUGAAAUCAUCCUCCGUGCUGAUCCCACCGAGCCCAAGGAAUUUGUGGGGGGCCUUUCUCCAUCGAUGUACAAGCUGUUCCAGGUCAUGUGUAUUGUGGAGAUACGGAUGGAUCUUCCACCAUUUUACCUGAGGAAUAUCACUAAAAAAAUAAUUCACAGCCUGAUUUGUAAUCCAUCCAUCAAUUUAAGGCCACACUGCCUGGCUAGCUUAUCUGCAUGGUAUGCUGCAACAGUAUUAAUACCUGAUGAGAGUGGAAUUCAGCAGUGGCAGCCAGCUCGGGCAUUCUUAGUUGACUUGCUCUUCCAUCGUCCAGGGGCAGUCCAUCUCGCUCUCCUGUCAGCAGCCUCUAUCAAUCGGAAAUUAUUUAUUCGUAUAAUCAAUUACAGAGUGACCACAGGCUUAGAGAAGGUGUUGUUGUGGGUGGCACACCAUGGGAUGUGGGUUGGUUGUGCUAGUGUUCGUGAAGAGCUUGUGAAAUGGCUGAGUCAGAGGUGUAAUGUUCACAAGCCACCAUCACCCGACCCAGCUCACUUGGCUAGAGAUCUACUUACCCAGCUAGCAGGUACUUCUGACAAGACCCUUGUCCUUAAUCUGGUAACGAGCAUUGUUAUUUUGGCUCGAUGGUUGGGUGAGGAGUGGAUAGAAAAUGACCUGUUGCCAGCCAUAGCAAGUGCUGCCACUAAAUGUUCAAAAGUUAAGAAACAGUCUGCUGCUGCACAAGAAUCUGAACGACUAGACAAAAUAAUCCAUCCAGAAAUUACACGUAUGUUAGGUUACCUGGAGAAAGUUAUAAAGACAACAGCUAGGACCAGUACAAUGACUGAUCAAGAAGAGGAAGAAGGCAAUGCUGUACUCAAAUUGAAUGAGGCUCUAUCACAGCUGCUGAAACUUUAACCCAAGACUUCAGCAACUAAUUCAUAACAUUGCACUGGUGAAUACAUUUGUUUGCAUCACUUGGAGAAAAUAGGGACAUUCUUCCUGAUUCAAAUGGAACAGAUGCCAAAUUGUUUCACGUGGCAUUGUGGUAAUACAGUAUAUAAAAUAAUCACUGUAUUUAUUGAUAGAUUUUUAUAAAACUAUUUGUAAUAUAAUAAAAUUAAGAUAGUUAUAGUGAUCAAUAUAUUGCUGUGAUAUACUACCACUCAAAGUUUUUAUUUGUAAUGCCACACCCCCCUCAGGAGCUUCCCUCAAUAAGGCUAGCCUCCAAACUGCCCUAUCACUAUAAACUGUACAAAGAUAAAAUGGAUGGAUCUGGAAAUGUUUGUUUUAUUUACAAAUGGGAUAAGUACAAAAUUCUGCAAAUUAAAGAGCUUUGCAUUUGAGGAACAUCCUUGUUAGUAUACAUAAGUAUGUGAUUCCUCUCCCCCAUUUUAAUGGAAAUUUUUAAUUGUACAGUACUGUAUUCUUUUAAAAGCUUACCUCAUAUGAUACAAAGGUAAUAUUUUGAUGAUAGGUUUUGAAGAAUAUUGAGGAGCACAGUGUGAAAAUCUCUAAAAUAAUAAGUUUGGGAAAUAUGUGUCAGAAGUUGCUCCGGUGAUGUUUGAAAAAAGCACAAUGUGUAUAUAGGCAGUACCCAAGGAUGCUAAAGCCUUAAAUUUUCUGUUGCCCCUGGCUCUACUCUUUUAUUAACUAAUUGUGCAUAAACCUUACAGAAUUA